AUGGAGAUCAACCAGGAAGCACUGCCGCCGGGGUUCCGAUUCCACCCGACCGAUGAAGAGCUCAUCACGCACUACCUCAUAAAGAAGGUUCUAGACUGCACCUUCUCAAGCUGCGCCCUCGCUGAAGCGGACCUCAACAAGUCCAAGCCAUGGCAACUUCCCGGGAAGGCGAAGAUGGGGGACAAGGAGAAGGAAUGGUACUUCUUCACCCUCCGUGACCGCAAGUACCCGACCGGCCUGAGGACGAACCGGGCCACAGCCACCGGGUACUGGAAAUCGACCGGGAAAGACAGGGAGAUUUACAGUGGGAAGGUGGUGGGGAUGAAGAAAACCCUAGUUUUCUACCAUGGAAGGGCCCCCAAAGGAGACAAGACUGAUUGGGCUAUGCAUGAGUAUAGGCUUCAACCAAACUUUGCUUACCACUACUCCUCCAAUUCCAAGGGUGAGUGGGUGAUUUGUAGAGUAUUCCAGAAGAGCGGCGGCGCUGGCAAGAAAAGGCGGACCGCCGCACGUGAAGUAAGCUCGGCGGCGGCGUCAGCCUCCCUUGUGGAACUUGAACCUUCCACGGAGCACGUGCCCUGUUUCUCCAAUCACAACUCUGAUCCAUCAUCUUAUGCUUCGUGCGCUCCAAUGCACGGCCUCGGACUUCCUGCAUUUCCGAGCCCGAGAUCGCUCCAGGAGAAUCUCCAGCUGCCGUUGUCCUUCACGCCGCCGCCCACCGGUUUUGGAAAUGUGGGUCAGAAGGUGGAAGGGAGUGAGCUCGAUUGCUUCUGGAGUUAG